UUACUGAAAGUUUUCAUCGUUUCUUCUUCUUCUUCUAUGUCGUUUUUCGAAGAUAUUGCUAAAACUGUUAAAGGAAAUCUUGAGGAGCUCGAGUUUCGCGCAAAGGAUUUCUUCAAUAUUGACGAUGAGGAAAAGCGUGAGGAGGCAUAUCUUGCCGAGCACCACCGUUUCGAUUCUUUUGCACCUGUUCGUGAAGGAGCUCAAGUCAAGUACUUUGUAGACGGCAAAGAUUACCUAUGGGCUGCGUCCGAGGCUAUCGAGAGUGCUCGCGAUAUGAUUUUUAUCGAAGACUGGUGGUUGAGUCCUGAGCUUUUCCUCCGCAGACCUCCCACCAAGUAUCCCGAGUAUCGUCUCGACAAGUUGCUCAAGAAGAAGGCUGACGAGGGUGUAAAGAUCUAUGUCGUAGUAUACAAGGAAGUAGAGAUGGCUUUAACUUUGGAUAGUGAGCAUACCAAGACUUGGUUAGAGGGUUUAAGCAAAAAUAUUGUCGUUCAAAGACACCCUGAUCAUUCUGCUGGAGGAACUUUCUUCUGGGCUCAUCACGAAAAGUUCCUUAUCGUGGAUAACAGGAUAGCCUUCUUGGGUGGCCUCGAUCUCUGUUUUGGCCGUUGGGAUACACAUACCCACAGACUGGCAGAUUUCCACUGCAACGAUCCCAGUCUUGAGGUAUGGCCAGGCCAGGACUACAGUAACCCUCGUAUUGCUGACUUUAAGGAUGUCCAACAUUGGGACUUGCAGUUGAUUGACAAAACAACUCUCGCCAGAAUGCCUUGGCACGAUAUCUCUCUUGCCAUGCUUGGUGGACCUGUCCUUGACGUUAUCCGUCACGCAUGUGAAAGAUGGAAUUUCAUCAAGCACCAAAAAUCCAUGGAUCGCGAGGAGGUGCCAUUUUUGCAACCACCACUCGGAGGCUUUGGUCACGCACAGAAGUUUCAACCACCAUCUGACUUUUCGCUCUUCCGCAAGCACGUUCACAACACACGUGGUAUCAAAGGUUCUUGCCGUGCUCAGAUCUUGCGUAGCAGUGCUGACUGGAGCUCCAAUAUUGAAACCGAGCACUCCAUUCAAAAUGCCUAUAUCGAAAGCAUUCGUAACGCUCAGCACUUUGUUUACAUUGAAAAUCAGUUUUUCAUCACUUCUACAUCUGACACUGACAAGGACUUCAUUCUGAAGAAUCAGAUCGGUGCGGCUAUUGUAGACCGUAUCAAGCGUGCUCAUGAAGAAAACCAGGCGUUCCGCGUCAUCGUUGUCAUGCCUCUCAUUCCUGCUUUCCCAGCUGAUUUGAGUUCAAAGGAUGCAGGUGUUGCACGACUUGUCAUGCAUUGGCAAUACGUUUCCAUUUGCCGUGGCGGAAGAAGUAUCCUUGAAGAACUUCAAAAGGCUGGCAUCGACAGUCAGCGUUAUAUUUCAUUCUUCGCCCUACGCAGCUACGAUCGCAUCAAUAAGGAGCACAUCCAAGAUAUGCUUGCUAGCGCUGCCGGAUAUUCGACUGAAGAAGUCCAGGCUGCUGGAGCAUCUCAAAGACCUGAAGAGCGUCGGGCUCAGUUCAUUAAAGGAGGAGAACCUGACUUUGUUCGUGGAACUGCUGGAUCUGUUACUCAUCAACAUCCAUUCGAAAACUUCCGCGAUAAGUUGGAAAAUGCUGUCGAGUACACUAGAGUUCCCGAUGAGGAAGAGGGCCAGAAGGUGCUUAACGACGCCAUUAAAAUGGCCAAACAUAACGAAGCAAGGGAUAGUGUUGGAAGAGACGCCAUGUUAGAUGGCAAUCUUGACAAAGAAAGCUGGGUUGAUGAUACACGUACCGAUCGUCCUCGUGGAAAGGCAGCUGAAGCUGAUGAAGCCGAAGAUUAUGUUACUGAAGAGCUUUAUAUUCAUGCUAAACUUAUGAUUGUUGAUGAUCGUAUUGUCAUUAUGGGUUCUGCCAACUUGAACGAUCGUUCACAAGCAGGAGACCAUGACUCUGAAAUUGCCAUGAUUGUCGAGGACCAGGAUAUGGUUCAAUCGCGUAUGAACGGCGAACAUUGGGAUGCUGGUCGUUUUGCCGUCACCCUUCGCCGACAACUAUGGAAGGAACAUCUUGGCUUGCUCCCUGAUGAAGACGUUACCUCCGUAACACCUUCUAUGCAUAUGCCUCCUUUUGCUAAUGAGGAUACAUUGCAUUCGCACGAAGAUCGCCUUGUUCAAGACCCUCUAGACGAAGAGACUUACAAUGAGCUAUGGCUUGGCACAGCUACCAAGAACACCGAUGCUUUCCGUGAAGUUUUCCACUGUGUUCCCGACGAAAGCGUGCAUAACUGGGAUGACUACAAGCAGUUCUUCCCUGAUCCUACCAAGAUCAACUCUGGUCACGUAGCAGAUCCCAACAUGUCUGUCGAGGAGGUCCGAUCUCACUUGGAUAAGCCCUUGCCAACGAUGCCGUUAUGGAGUUGUAUACCUAGAUAUCUUAUGUGAAGUCUUUCCAUAAGCAGCAUGUUGCCGCAAAUGCAAACAUGAAUUUAAAUUAAAAAUUGGAGUUUUAUCAUUGUUAACCACGUAUUAUGCAAUGCUAUACAAUAAGUUAUGUUGUAAAAUAUUCAGAUCACACGCCAUUUAGAAGUACCGACUCGGUCGAAGUUGGGAUAUGAUAUAUGACCCACUCCACUUCUUUCUUGAGCUGAUCACAAUAAUGUGACAGAGGUAAAUCGUUACUAUCAUAUCCAAAAGGGUUUUCGAUUUGAGAGCCAAUAGCAAUGACACCAAAAAGCGUGAAUGCAACGAGUGCUACAACUGGAAUCAUGAGAAAGCCCAUUUCGGCGACCAAGGUAAAUGGCAAGGUGACAACAUAAAUGACUACUCCUUGUUUCCUAUCGUGAUCAUGGAAUAAUUUAAAGUCAAACUUCAACGUAAUUGUACAUGUAUUAGA